AUGCCCCGCCUGGCCGCCUGGCCGAGCCGCGCUGACCGCAACACUGAACGCGGAGGCCCGCCCCGGACCGGAUCUUCCCACGACCGAGCUGCGAGCCUGCGACCAGAACUCCAGAAGAGAGACUGGGCUGGUCUUGAUGACGGACCCGCGGGGAUCAUCGCCGAGCGUGUCCUCGCUUUUGACGUCGCCGGCUAUGUGCGCUUCCGCGCCGUGUGUCGCCCCUGGCGUCAGUGUUGCACCGAGCCACUGUCCCACAGCUGUCUGGACUGCCGGUUCCAUCCAAGGAGGUGGACCAUGCUCCAAGAGGAGCUCGCCACGCCGAGCCGCCACUGCUUCCUCAACACUUCCACUGGGCAGUGCGUCCAGGUCGACAUCCCUGAGCUUUGUGACCAUGAGCUGCUCGCCCUUACCCCUGAGGGCCUUCUUGUGCUAGCCCACAAGCCGUCGUGCGGCACCACCCUCUGCAUGUUCAACCCGCUGACCCGCCACCUCAUGCACCUCCUGCCGCUCAGCAAGCUACUGCCCUCUGGGUAUCAGGACCUCCUUCCUGAGAGUGAUGACCUUCUUUUAGGCCGAAACUUUGUAGCUUGGGGCUCUGGCAUUGCAAACGAGAAUUCAACAGUGGUGUUCUGCUUAAGCAUGCUCAACACGAUUGGCAUGACCAAGCCCGGCGAUGACCACUGGACGUUGCUACACUGCGAUGGCAGUGACAUGACUGCACCCAUAAUGUUUGAAGGACGCUUGUACUACGUUGCUAACAACGAUGCUAUCAUGGUGCUAGAAAUGAGCACUCCACGGCUUGAGGUGGCUGCCAAGCUCAAUAUGAGUGUCAGCCCAAUGGCAGAUAGUUUGCACCUCUUCAAUAAUUCCGGGGAGUUGAUGCUCGUGCAUAGAAGUAACCAUAUAAGGAAACUAGUUGAUACCCCGCGCGUUGCUGCGGCCAUUGGUGUAGAUUUUGUUAUGUGGAACAACAUGCGAAGAGUAUAUGAAAAUAACACUCAUUUGUAUAACCAUGUGUCCUACAUGCCCAACGAUGAAGGUGAGAUUUUAACAGGAUCAUCCACAUAA